CCAAGACAAACUUUACAUAUAUCGCCAGGAUAGCUAUACCACCACAACCCCACCACCAAAGCUUCACAACGUAUCAUUGGCCACCGUGCAAAGUGCAUCCCUUCACACACCAGUCCCAAACAACACAAACUGCCGAACCAACCAUGAAUGCAGUUUCUCCACCGUGGGGCGCCACGCAUCGACUCGCCCACGGAUAAGAAACAAAUUGAUUGCUAAGUCUAGAGAUAAGUACCCUUACGUAUGACGAUGGCCGAUACAGUGGCCAUGAUCUACGAUCUGCCUGUUUAGCUCUCCGUGGGAUCUAUCAAACCAAGAUACCACUCGGUCACCUCGCCAUCCCUUCACCACGGGGCAGGAAACAAAGAAAGCAAUUGCUAUUUAAGCCUCCCCCUUCAUCGCCAUCAAUGUUGCCUUCCAAUCCGGACCCAUUAUCAACUCCAUCCGCAAACCCUCCAGAUACCUAAACGAAGAAAAUACCCUCCAGCGCAAACAUGUGUGACGACCUAAUCGCAAAGCACUACCUCCACAGCUCGCCCUCGCACGUCGUGCACCCGUCGCCCGAGGAAUACACGCACUUCACCCUGCACCCCACGAAGCGCACCUGGCUCUUCCUCCACGACUGCGUACCGGACGCCGUGGUCUCCUCGCUGCGGCCCAAAUGGCACACACUGAACACGUACGACCCAUUCCUCGCAUCAUGGGCGCGGUCCGAAGGCCACGAAGUGUCGCAGCUACGGGAGAUGAAGCUCGGAGUGGCGGCGCCCUACACGACGAACACGACGAGCGGGUACCCGACGCCGUCGGCGUCGCCGACUACCUCGUCGUUCCCGACGUCGUUCUACAGCUCCUCGCCGCUCCCGCCAAAGGGCUACAAGGCCGCUGCGCCGCUGCCGACAAAAGCCUGGUUUUUGGCGAAACAUCCCCACCUGGCGAACACAGUCCACGCCGCCGGUGAGCAGGUCUUCAGCGUCAUGGAUACCUCAAGGUCGAUUCCGCAGCGCGCGGGCUGGAUCACCGUGCUACCCGAUGCGGAGUCGCGCCGCCUGUACAUCUCGAACUUGGAGAUCAUGGAGCCGCAUAGACGGCGUGGCCUGGCUAGGUGGUUGGUCGGCGAGGUGGUCAGGUGGUGGGCGAAGGCGGGACAGGGCGAGGUGUGGUUGACGGUGUUUGAAGAUAAUGCCCCCGCGCGGGACCUGUAUGAGCUGCUGGGGUUUGUGACGGUCAGGAAUUUGUACGUCGUCGAUAGACGAGACGAGAGACGGGUGGUCGAUGAGUAAAGGAUGGGGUGGUGUAAUACUGUAGCUAUCAUAGUAAUUGUACAUAUUUGAAUUUUGGGAAGCAAGGAGCGUCAAUGAUCACGGGGAGCUUCGUGCAGAG